GCUAUUUCACUAAGAGUGGUCGAAAGGGCAGGUAGGAAAAACGAUCUGAUCAUGCUUUUCGAGAAAGAUCAGCUCGUUUCGGCUGACAAAGAAAAAAUUAAAACAGUGGGAAGAAUGACCAAUGUCGCUUUUCGACUAGGAAAGGUGCAUGCACUGGGAGAUGUUGUCGUGUUAGAUGUGAAUACCUACGACGUUCUUUUCAGACUUCCUGCUCUUGUGGCGUUACAAGCAAACCUGGAUUUCGAACGACGAUCGAUUGUCCUCCGAAAUACAGGAGGAAAGCCCUAUGCGGUGCCUAUGAGACUAACCCUUUGUACCACCAUCAACGCAGUCCCACGGGUUUCGCCGAUGAUGGCAGGGACUCUCCGCAUGAUCUCCUGGGAUGAAUCCGCAGACGGAAAGUCAUCGACGAAUGAUGCAGACAGCAGUGAUGAGGACGACCCGGAGAUCUCGAAGCUAGCACGACAGCGUGUUUACUACUCGCCACCCAGAACGAUAGCAAGAACGAUGCAUCUGACCUGUAAGAACGUCCAAAGGACCAAGGCGAUGAUCUUGGGUGAACCCCUCGUGCAGAUUUCGAGGAUGGUCGAUUCUUUGGAACCCCCUCAAACCCUGUACGAAGGGAUCACCCCGCUUCUCUCCCGAUACAGCGACAAAAAGCACUACUGCGACAUUACAGAUCUACCAAGGUCCAUGUUGACACCUGCAAAAGAAGUGCGAUUGUUACRCUUGGGGGCGGAAGCAAGUUCUUUGGAACCCCCUAGGCGUCUCGAAGCAGAAACAAACGAACUGGGGAUAAAGAUCGCAACUAAGAACGUGCCAUGGCAGGAUAUUUGUGACGGGAUUACCCCGGAAGGAUACGUGGCAAUCCGGGAAGAAGAUGCCCAGAUGAUGGUCACGGUGUUCUCCUGGCGAUCGGACCAUUCGUUCAUUUUUGCACCCCCGCUCGAUGUAGCGAAACCUGCAUGCACAAAACAGAUAGAUGUACGGAUCUGGGAUCAACUUUUCGAGUUACACGUGCCACAGUACGUACCCGAUGAAAUUCAUCGGUUGAUUGCGGACAUUUUGACGAAAUAUCGGGGAGCGAUUAGCGUGACAGAUACUCACAUUGGCCUGUCGUUAGUUAUUCAACACGAAAUACAGACGGGAAAUCACUCCUCGAUCCAUUGUAAGCCGUACCGAUACUCCUUGAUAGAACGCAAAAAGGCUCUCGAACGAAUUCGAGAAUUCAAAGCCUGCGGAUGGAUUGAACCCGCCACCGGACCAUGGUCAUUUCCCAUCGUAUUAGUGCCGAAGAAAAACGGAUCAAUCCGCAUAUGCAUCGAUUAUCGCAAACUGAAUGAGGUCACGAUCAAAGAUGUGUACCCCCUCCCCCGAAUUGAUGAUUUGUUGGAUGCGAUUAACUGCGCUAAUUAUUUCAGCAAGUUUGAUAUUCGGCAUGGCUUCCAUUACAUUUUGGUAAAGGAGGAAGAUCGGUCGAAGACGGCCUUCGUACUGUUCGAAGAGGGAGCCGCCGAACGCAUCCUGUCGUCGCAGCAACAGUAUUUGGAUCCCAAGACGACUCUCGAUCCUGCCUUCUUCAGGUACCCUACAGCGGAGCAGUUUGCUGCCAUUCGAGAAGAAGAGGAGGAAGAAGAGAGCACCGGGAGUGACGAAGGAGAAGACGCGCGAGAAGAAGGCGGGGAUAGCGACGAAGUGCUCGGGGAAGAGGAUGAAACCCCCGAAGAAGGAAGCUAUAGCGAGCAUAGCGAGGGGGAACAGAGCGAAGAAGAAGAAGAAGACGAGGAAGGAGAAGAGGAGCACGAAGAGGGGCUUGCUGGAUCGGAGUGGGAAGCUGUGCCGGAAGAAGCACUGCGUACAGGCACGGAGGCUAAGGAUCUCGAGGCGGCCCGCAAAAGAGAAGAGAUCGCGGCCGGAAAGAAGGAGUUAGAACUCGCGAGCGCGGCGAGUAUACACAUCCGCGACGACCCAAACCGAGAUCCGGAGCCGCCCCGACCUGAAGAUGGCGACCUCGCGGCCACGACUCCGACCCCAUCAGCGCGGCGACGGAGCCGAUCCCCCUCCUCCCCAACCCGUCCCCCAGUUCGCCGACGUACCGAUACGGGCGAUCGGCCUUCGUCCCCGAUCGCUCUCUCGCCGUCCCUUUGAUUACCUCACCCUCCGCCAGCUCACCACCCCCAUCACGUUCAGCUCCAAUCCGUUCCCCCGCGACACCUU